AUGCUAACGAUUCUAGCCGACGAGAGUUGCACAGCCGAAGAGGAGGAGAAGUAUCACAACAUUGGUACCAUCCAAGUCGAGGUCUGGCGAUGCCAUGGUGAAGUUGCUAAGCCCGAAGAAUGUGAUGAGGACUAUGACACUGUGGGGAGCGUCCCCGAGAAGCUUGUGAAAGGCGCAGCUCUUGAUAUCUAUACCAAGUUAGACUCUUCAAUUAUCAUGGGAAAGUACCAAAUUGAGAGCUGGGAGAGCACGAAGAUCGAAGAAGAGCCCUGCGCCGUAUUCAUCUUCAAGUAUCGAAGCAAAGGAGCUCUGCAAGCUCUCGGCAUUCUUGCACGACCAUCGUCUCCGCAACCUCUAGAAGAAAGGGAUGUGGAAACUCUUACUUCGGACGAGCUGAAAGAAUUGGCCCGUCGGUUCAAGGCGUUACAAGAAGCACAAAAGGUCAAGGUCAAGCAAGAGAAGUUGGAGGCCAACCUUGCUCAGCUCGCGGAGUUGAAGAGGGUUCGGCAAGAUGGAGACGACAAAGACGAUGAGGUGGAAUUCCUCAGUCAACAACCCGUCAAGAAGGUCUGCAGCGUCGGAGGCAUUAUCGACUGA